UACUGCUUUCCUAUCACAUUUCAAGGAGCUGAUAGUUACCCAAGUCAGAAGUGGACUGCUGGUGCUGCUGUUAAAUUGUAACUACAGUGAAGAGCUAACAGCUACUGUGCAGUCAAUUAAAGGGAAAGGAGACCUCAUCGAGUAUAAAGUGACAUUCACUUAACCAAGUCCUGAAAUGUGCUAUGGAACUAGCUUCAGGGGAAGAUGAAUGCCUUUGCCAGAGACAAAAGUACUGUGUGGAGCGGCCAAUAUAUACCCAGGAAUAUCUGCAAGAACAUCUCCAUCUGAGGAAGAGAGAGGCUACCUCCAUUCUCCAUAAAGUAGCACAGUCCUGCCGGUGUACUGCUAAAAAGGCAAAGUCUCAGCUGUAUAGCUUUCUCCCAAUUCUGAAAUGGCUGCCACGUUACCCAGUGAAGGAGUAUCUCCUAGGAGACAUCAUUUCAGGACUGAGCACAGGAGUAAUGCAGCUGCCUCAAGGUUUAGCCUAUGCCUUGCUGGCAGCUGUCCCGCCAGUAUUUGGAUUGUAUUCAUCAUUUUAUCCAGUGUUCCUGUACACUUUCUUUGGUACAUCAAGACACAUCUCAAUAGGUACAUUUGCAGUCAUCAGCCUAAUGAUUGGGGGGGUUGCUGUAAGAAUAGCCCCAGAUGAAAUGUUUGAUAUAGUGGAAAGCAAUGUUACUAAUAGCACAGAGCUCCUACAGAAGUAUGAAGCAAGAGAUGCAAUGAGAGUGAAAGUGGCUGUUGCAAUCACUUUGCUUUCAGGUCUCAUUCAGUUGUGCCUAGGCAUACUUCGAUUUGGCUUCGUAGCCAUUUACCUGACUGAACCUUUGGUGCGCGGGUUCACUACAGCAGCAGCAGUACAUGUCUUUACAUCUCAACUGAAGUACCUCUUUGGAAUUAAAACGAAGAGAUACAGCGGACUUCUGGCAGUUAUAUAUAGUUUAGUUGCUGUCCUUUCCAGUAUAACAUUAACCAAUGUUGCCACCCUGAUUACUGGAGUGAUAUGUAUUGUAUUACUGCUGGGUGCCAAAGAGAUUAAUGACCGGUUUAAAAAAAAAUUGCCAGUUCCAAUUCCAAUGGAGAUAAUUGUUGUAAUUAUCUCAACUGGAAUUUCAGCUGGACUAAAUCUUCAACAGACGUAUGAUGUAGAUGUGGUUGGAAAUAUCCCAACAGGGUUCCGCUCCCCAGAUCUCCCUGACAUUAGUCUCUUCUCUGCAGUGUUUGUGGAUGCAGUGGCAAUAGCAGUUGUAGGAUUUUCCAUGACAAUUUCAAUGGCCAAAAUAUUUGCUCUUAAACAUGGAUAUGUAGUCAGUGGUAAUCAGGAACUUAUUGCUCUGGGGCUGUGUAAUUCUAUUGGCUCUUUCUUUCAAACAUUUGCUGUGACCUGCUCAAUGUCUCGUAGCCUGGUCCAGGAGAGCACAGGAGGGAAUACACAGAUUGCAGGCCUGCUGUCCUCAUUUAUGGUGCUGUUGGUAAUAUUGGUCAUUGGAUACCUCUUUCAACCAUUGCCGCAGACUGUACUAGCAGCCAUUGUGAUGGUGAACCUAAAAGGAAUGUUCAAGCAGUUUGCAGAUAUUCCACAUUUAUGGAGGACGAGCCGACUAGAACUGGCCAUGUGGGUGGUAUCAUUCUUGGCCUCUGUUUCAUUGGGUCUAGACUACGGUUUGCUUGUCGCAGUGGCAUUUGCCAUCAUUACUGUAAUAUACCGCACACAAAGUCCACAGUACAGAAUCCUUGGACAAGUACCAAAUACGGACAUAUAUUGUGAUGUAGAAGAAUACGAGGAGAUAAAAGAAUUUCCUGGAAUAAAGAUAUUUCAAGCUAACACGUCCCUGUACUUUGCCAACAGUGAUCUCUAUGUUUCUGCACUGAGAAAAAAGACCGGCAUUGAUCCAGGAGCUAUAUUAAUUGCAAAGAAAAAAGCCCAGAAGAGACAUGCCAAGGAAAUGAAGAAAACAAAUAAAUGUGAAAGAAGAGCAGUUCUGAAGCUUACUAACGAUGUAGAAAUGGCUGUGAAACAUGAACUGAUGAAUGAUGACCUAACCACAGACUUGUCAGGAAAUGUGAAAAAUGGAUCAGCUGAUAGAAAUGUGCAGAAUUCACCUUCUGAAGAGCUGGAGUACUUCAUGUCUCCAGUCAACAACAUUCACUCAAUUAUUGUGGACUUCACACCAGUCAACUUCAUAGACUCUGUGGGAGCCAAAGCACUAAAAUCUUUAAUCAAGGAAUACAAAGAAAUCGGUGUUGACAUCUUUUUAUCCAGCUGUAAUGGACUGGUUAUACAAGAUUUGACCAAGUUGAAUUUCUUUGAUACGUCCAUACGAAGGGAUAUGAUAUUUCACAGUAUUCACGACGCUGUCAUCCACUGCAAGUUUAGAUCAUCCUCUUUGGCUCUCGCAUCUUCAGAAGAGCAAGUUCUCAGCUCCGACACACAAAGCCAGAUCUGAUAUCUCCUUCCACAGAGAAAGACAAUGCAAUAAGAUUUUAAAAUGUUGCCUCAGAGUAUAAUACAUUUCUGAAAUCACAGGUACCUCCCUGUUUGAUAAGGUACUAUGUGCCGCUUUGGUUUGAUGAGAUUGUUGAUUGCUGGUUAUACACAUCAGCCCAUGAGACAUCAUUUAUAUACACAAUAUUACUGUGUAAAUUAUGCGAGCUAUGUGUAGAGGAUAAAUUAUUUAAUUGUAAAUGCUUAUACAUUCAUUAGGAGUGUAAAAAUCUUGGGUCUUCUAAUGGUACAGAGAUUCUUUUAAAUACGCAUGCCCCUAUUUUUAUGAUCCCAUACUGUGCUGCUGCUGGUACGAGAUGGGGAAUUAAGGGCUAUUGGGAGAGAAAAGAGAAUUGUUCAGAGUUUAUUAUGUCUGAUUUGUGUGAAUGGAUAGGAUUCAUUUAUAUAUCCACAGUAGCUGCGUUUACAGGCAGUGCUCAGCGGCCCUAAUGAGCGCUAGUUCUUGUUUGAUGACAUUAGGUAUUUUCUUCUCUGUUAUCUAAAUAUCUUCCCAUUGUACCUUACUGAAUGUUUUCUACUUUGAUGGAACUUGGCAAUAGGGCAACUCUACUUUACAUCAGUUUAAAAAGAAAAAAGAAAAUCAUGUGGAGAGCCUUCAAUUCAUGCAGUUUAUUGAUCUAGAUUCCUUAAAUUACAAUGUUAUUUAAGUGUGAUCCCUUGGUUAACCAAAUAGAUAAGAUGGGUAUAAGUCUAUACAUUUUUUUUAUCUUGAAUGCUAGCAGUGUUUUGAGUAGCCACCAAAGUUAUUAUUUUUAAAUUGCUUUCUUUUCAGUGUGCUUUACUUUUGUUAUAUUUAUCAGUGGGUUCCAUAUGUUUGGUCUUUGAUCAUAUUGAUUUCCCCUUUCUGUCACUGUGGGUCAGAUGUAUUAAGCCUGGAGAAGGGAUAAAGAAGUGAGAAGUGCAAGGUGAUAACGCAUCAGCUAGUCAGCACCUGUCAUUUUUCAAAUCCGGAAUGAUUGGCUGGUGUAUUAUCACCCUGCGCUUAUCACUGCUUUAUUGUUUCUUGCUUAUUGUUCUCAAAGGGCACCUGUCCAUUGAGCAGUGUUGGAAGGUGAACUGCAAUUCAUGCUGCAUUAUUCAUGUACUCAGGUGUAAAAAGAAGCUACUAUAUAGUAUAGUAUAUACAAAGUACUUCAGUAAGGUAAUUCAUACAGUCAGAUAACAUAAUUUAUGAAGUCUAUUUAAGGCAUUGUAAUGCCAUUACAUUUCUUUUACAUGAAAUACAAGUUACUUUCUGCAUUUGAGAAGCAAUAGGUAAUUCGUCUAGAUCUCCUGUUCUGUGACACUUUCUUUAGUGGUGUGCUCUGGGGUAAUUCUCUAACAUAUGGCCUCAUUCCGAGUUGGUCAUUAACAAAAGUUGCAGCUUGUUUGGCCACAGCUUGCUCUUAUUUUUUGUUUGCAUUUUUUGUUUUUUUUGAAGGCAGGUAGCACUUAAUGAUUCUCUAGAACAAGGGGGCUGGAUCAGGGAUUGGAGAGGGGAGUGUAGAUGAAGCCAAAGGACAUUAAGGGCAUGAUGAGGAGAAUUGCGGCCAUAAUGGCCACCGGAAAAGCGCACAUGUGCCUAUUUAGAUGGACACGACUUGCUGGAACUCAAAGCCUGGUGAAAGUUGCAAGCUGAGGUUGAUGCCAGUUGUACGCUGCAUUCAAUUAGUCCACUGUGUCUAAAGCUGGCCAUGCAUAAGAACAGUAUCAUUCCAACCAGCCACAGGUUGACUGGUUGGAAUGAUAAUCUGGCAGUGUGUGGGAGCAAAUGAUUAUCCACAGUUUGCUCCCACACUCAACAAUGGUUGGUCUAACUAGUUUUUCCAACUAAUCUAGUGCGGGGGAACUUUUCCCACAACUGAAUGAUAAGUAAACGGACACUGGCCAGCAGUGUCUGCCGCCUUCUUCAUCAUCAUCAUCAUCAUCAUCAUAUUGAUACUGGCAAUGCUGCCAGUCAGCCCGGGAUCCCUGUCAGCGGCUGAGCGAGAGGAGGAUCAGUGCUGUUGCACGUCAGUCUCUCUCCAGGGGUGUAUGCCUCAGUCCUCAUGGUUUGUAUUAUUAUACCAGACACCUCCCACACACCCGUCAUGAUCACCAACCCGCAGCAGUACCUUCCGUCUCCCACGCCCAUGCACCUUCAAAUCAGAGACUUGGAUGGCAAACAUAGGAGGGCAUGUGUUAUCCAUAGCUAAAAAAUGCUACAAGCAUUAUAUAUAUAUAUAUAUAUAUAUAUGGGAUGCGGUUACAUUGCCGGCAGUCGAGAUCCCGACCACUGACAAUGCUGCCAGCCGGCUAACAGGGGCUAUUCCCAUUCAUGGGUGUACACUACACCCAUAGUUUGGGAAUAGAACCUGUGGCAAGUGCAGUGAGCCCGCGAGGGGCUCCAUUGCGCUCGCCCCCUGCCGCGAUACCAUACCCAACGCAUAUUGGACCAACUGUUGUUGAGUGUGGGAGCAAACGGUUGAUAAUUAUAUAUAUAUAUAUAUAUAUAUAUAUAUAUAUGAAAUUAACCUAGU